GGUUGGUUGAUGGGGGAAACAACAACAAGCUAGGCGACAUGAGGCUCUCCGAAACACUGAUUUGGGCCGCUUUCCUCAUCCAGAAGGUGGUGGGAGAGUACGGCAUGGCCCAUUUCAGUGACCAAGGCAAGAGCAAAGGGAAGGAUUACUGCAUAUUCUUCAACUCCCAGUGGGCACGUCUACCUCAGGACCUCAACAAGGCAUCCCGACUUCAGAUCUAUGACUUGACGUCUUCGGUCCUGUGCUUCCCCUCUGACGUCCCGGAGGGGGGCUUCCCGAACAGCAUCCCCAUGGUGAUGAGGGGCAACUGCACUUUCUACGACAAGGUUCGCCUGGCCCAGAUUAACGGCGCCAAGGGGCUGCUCAUUGUCAGCAAGGACAGACUGACUCCACCAGCAGGGAAUAAGAGUCAGUAUGAAGAGAUCGACAUCCCCGUCGCACUGCUGAGCUAUGCUGAUAUGUUGGACAUAAGCAAGUCCUUUGGAAAAGGAAGGCUGGUGGCCAUGUACGCACCCAACGAGCCUGUGUUGGACUAUAACAUGGUGAUAAUCUUCUUGAUGGCAGUGGGAACCGACGUUACAUGAAGCAUAAACGGGACGACGGCGCGGAGAAGCAGGACGAGGAGACGGUGGACGUCACCCCCAUCAUGAUCUGCGUGUUCGUGUUCAUGUGCUGCAACAUGCUGGUGCUCCUUUACUUUUUCUACGACCACCUGGCCAUUUGGGUGAUCGGGGUCUUCUGUUUGGCCUCCUCCGUCGGCCUCUACAGCUGCCUGUGGCCUUUCGUCAGGAGAAUACCCUUCUGCAAGUGCAGGAUCCCGGAGAACAACCUGCCGUACCUGCACAAGCGGCCGCAGAUCCGCAUGCUGCUGCUGUCGGCGCUCUGCGUCGGCGUCAGCGUCAUCUGGAUGGUUUUUCGCAACGAAGACCAGUGGGCGUGGGUGUUACAGGACGCCCUGGGGAUCGCCUUCUGCCUCUACAUGCUGAAGACAGUCAGGCUGUCCACGUUCAAGGCUUGCACUUUACUUCUGUCAGUUCUGUUUGUUUAUGAUGUUUUCUUCGUAUUUAUUACUCCCUUCUUUACGAAGAGUGGGGAAAGUAUAAUGGUGGAGGUAGCGGCAGGCCCCUCCGACUCUGCCGUUCAUGAAAAGCUCCCCAUGGUGCUCAAAGUGCCCAGGUUAAACUUCUCUCCUCUGGCUCUGUGCGACCGGCCCUUCUCCCUCCUGGGCUUUGGGGAUAUCUUAGUACCAGGUCUGCUGGUGGUGUAUUGUCACAGAUUUGAUAUUUUAACACAAUCCUCCAGAAUCUACUUCGUGGCCUGCACGAUCGCGUACGGGAUCGGCCUGCUGAUCACCUUCGUGGCCCUGGCCUUGAUGCAGAAGGGCCAGCCGGCCUUGCUCUACCUCGUGCCUUGCACUCUGCUCACCAGCCUCUCCGUAGCGCUGUGGCGCAAGGAGUUGCCCCAGUUCUGGACUGGAAGUGGAUUUGUGCCUCCCAUAGUGCUCGCGCCGAUCAACUGUACGCAAACUGCAGAGCCGCCGCCGCCGCAGGAGCCCUCAGCCGAACAAAGCGCAGAACCCACCGAUCAGAGCGAAGAUGUGUCCGAGCAGCCGCCGCCUCAAGAAACGCCCCCGGAGGAGACAACCGAAGACAAAACCGACUACUAGUAAACCCCCCUCCCACCACUUCACUUCAUGUUUUAAUUCAUUUCUCUGCAGCACGUCUCAGUCAGUGGACGUUUUAAAUCUGAAACGUCUCGUUUGCACUUGUUGCGAAGGGAAGAGCAGCGCAGGUGUCUUUAUUGAACACCUGAUUAAAGUCAAACGUGCCAAGUUUUAAAGGGGACGUCCCGCUAAAUCCACUCGUUUGGAUUUAAAGGGACAGCGUCAAAACGAGCCGCUUUCACACACGUCAAAAAAAGGUGUGAAAGAGGGGUUCUGCUGAAGCGUAAAUCUGUAUCUGUGUUUGAUCACUCUGGCUGGCUUUCUCAUGGACCCGGAUGUGUGGCGCAAAAAUCUGGAUUCUAGAGUCGAGAGUGAAAGUAGUCAAACUGAAUUUUUAAUCUAACAAAAUGCACUUUCAAAGCAAAUUAAUUCAAAUUCUAAACUUUA